AUGAAGAAAUAUGAGAACUUUGACGAUGAAUCCCUGCUGGGCGGUGGAGCCUCUAACGUUGAAAGAAAAAGAUCGUUGGUUAGACCUGAAAGAAACAAUCUCAACAAUCCAAAUAAUCCUCAUCAUUAUUAUGCCCAAGUUGCAACACAAGAACAAGAUCAUUUGAAUGUCAAUCCUUCCACCACUGGUAUUGACCCAACGAGGUUGAAUAGAUCAAAUAGUAAGAAGUCUUAUAGAUCAAACAACCCUACCAUUAGAAACUCAGAAGAUUACAUCAAUGAUAAUACUGGUGCUGGAAUCCAAUUAGAAAACUUAAACCCACUGUCAAGUCCAGAAACUGAUACCCCACAUAACGGAAGAGAAAUAUAUGGUUUGAAUGAUGAAUAUGAUAGUCCUUUUAUGAAUCAAAAACCUAAAAACCCUUCAUCUGCUCCUCUUUUAUCAACUUCUUCACCAUAUAAUAAAAAACCUAAAAAGAAAGAGUCUGAUAACGGGUUGUCAUUUUGGCAAGUUUAUUGUUAUGUUAUAACUUUUUGGGCUCCAGGAUCAUUGUUAAAAUUAUUUGGUAUGCCUAAAAAGGAAAGACAAAUGGCUUGGAGAGAAAAAAUUGCCCUAGUUUCAGUCAUUUUAUAUCUUGGUACUUUUGUUGCAUAUUUAACUUUUGGUUUCACUAAAACCGUUUGUGAUACUUCUGUUAUGAGAUUGAAAAAUAAUGAAGUCAACGAAGGUUAUUUGAUCAUCAAUGGGAAAGCUUAUGAUUUAACAAAAUCUUCACAUCCAGCUGCAGCUGGUAUUGAUGCAGGUACAAAUGUCCUAUACCCUCCUUUAAAUGCUGGUGGGAAAGAUGCUUCAUUCUUAUUCCAAAAUGUUAAUGGUAAUUGUAAAGGUUUGAUCAAACCAAGAUCAAAUUGUUCAAUUCCUCAUGAAGGUGAUGAUCUUGCCUGGUAUAUGCCAUGUAAAUUAUAUUCUCAAGAUGGUUCAAGUUCUCCAAAUUUUACAACUUCUGAAUAUUAUGAUGGUUGGGGUUGUCAUACUUCCUCUACUGCGAGAGAUGCUUACUAUAGCUUGAAAAAAACUGGUGAUGUUUAUUUCUCUUGGGCAGAUAUUAAAAACUCUACAAGAAAUUUAGUUGUUUAUUCUGGUAAUGUCUUGGAUUUGAAUCUACUUGAUUGGAUACAGUAUGCGGAUUUAGAAUAUCCUGCAAUGUUUGAUGAAUUGAAAAAAUCUUCAAUGAGAGGUUAUGAUAUUUCUUUAUUAUUGGCUGAUAACACUGAUAGAAAAGCUGCCAAAUGUUUAUCUGAAAUUAUCAAAGUUGGUGUCAUUGAUUCUGAUACUAUUGGUUGUAUUGCUUCAAAAGUUGUCUUGUACACUUCAUUAGUUUUCAUUUUAUCUGUUGUCUUCGCUAAAUUCAUAUUGGCUUGUUAUUUCAAAUGGUUUGUUUCUCCAAGACAAGGUGCUGAUAUCAUUGAUAAUAGUGCAAUGAACAAAAGAGCAAAUGAAAUUGAUGAUUGGGCUGAGAAUAUUGACUCUCAAGGUCCAGUUAAAUCAACUACAAAUAGACCAAAUCAUAACCGUUCAACUUCAAAAUUAAACCUCCUAAGAAAUUCAAGAUUAAAUUUCAAUGAUCAAGAUCUAACUAAUCAAAAUUAUACUGUUCCAAAGCAAGACUUUGAUGUCAAUGGUAAAGCAAUGACUACCAUGGCUAUUCAAGCUGCUCAACAAUUGAAUGAAAAUCAAGUUAAACAUGGUCAUUCAAAAACGUUAUCCACAAAUACUUUAGGGAUCACUCCAUUUGAUACAAGAAAUACUUCAAUCAGUAAUUUAUCUGCAUUAAACCAAAUCACUACUUUAGAUCCUGAUAUUAUUCAUCCAGGUGUUGUUCCACAACCCCCAAUUGAUUAUCAACCUUUUGGUUUUCCAUUGGCCCAUACCAUGAACCUUGUUACUUGUUAUUCAGAAGAUGAAGAAGGUUUAAGAACUACAUUAGAUUCUAUUGCUACUACUGAUUAUCCAAACUCUCAUAAAUUGAUCGUCAUCCUAUGUGAUGGGUUAAUUAAAGGUUCAGGUAAUGACAAGACAACUCCAGAAAUUGCCCUAAGUAUGAUGACUGAUUUUUCAAUUGAACCUGAAAAUGUCCAACCUUAUUCUUAUGUUGCUGUGGCUCAAGGUGAAAAAAGACAUAAUAUGGCUAAAGUUUAUUCAGGUUUUUACAAAUAUGAUAAUUCAACUAUGCCAAUGGAAAAACAACAAAGAGUUCCAAUUAUUACAAUUGUUAAAUGUGGUACUCCAAAAGAAGCUACUUCUGCAAAACCUGGUAAUAGAGGUAAACGUGAUUCUCAAAUUAUUUUAAUGUCUUUCUUACAAAAAAUCACAUUUGAUGAAAGAAUGACUGAAUUAGAAUAUGACAUCUUGUUGAAUAUUUGGAGAGUUACUGGUCUUUUAGCUGAUUUUUAUGAAAUUGUUUUAAUGGUUGAUGCUGAUACUAAAGUUUAUCCAGAUUCUUUAACUCAUAUGAUUGGUUCCAUGGUUAAAGAUCCAGAAAUUAUGGGUCUUUGUGGUGAAACCAAAAUUGCAAACAAACGUCAAUCUUGGGUUACUGCUAUUCAGGUUUUUGAAUAUUAUAUUUCUCAUCAUCAAGCUAAAGCUUUUGAAUCUGUUUUCGGUGGUGUUACUUGUUUACCUGGUUGUUUCUGUAUGUAUCGUAUUAAAGCUCCAAAAUCUGCAGAUGGUUAUUGGGUCCCAAUCUUGUCAAAUCCUGAUAUCGUGGAAAGAUAUUCAGAUAACGUUGUUGAUACUUUACACAAGAAAAAUUUAUUAUUAUUAGGUGAAGAUCGUUUCCUUUCAACUUUAAUGUUGAAAACUUUUCCAAAGAGAAAACAAGUGUUUGUUCCAAAAGCCGUUUGUAAAACUGUUGCUCCUGAUAAAUUCAAAGUUUUGUUAUCACAAAGAAGACGUUGGAUUAAUUCAACUGUUCAUAAUUUGAUGGAAUUGGUUUUAGUCAAUGAUUUAUGUGGUACUUUUUGCUUUUCAAUGCAAUUUGUUAUUGGUAUUGAAUUAGUUGGUACUUUGGUUUUACCUGCUGCUAUUUCUUUCACUGUUUAUGUUAUCAUCACAGCUAUUGUAUCAAGACCAACACCUGUCAUGUCGCUUGUUCUUUUAGCUCUUAUUUUGGGUUUACCUGGGUUGAUUAUUAUUGUCACUGCUUCUCGUUGGUCAUACCUUGUUUGGAUGUUGAUUUAUAUUAUGGCCCUUCCAAUUUGGAAUUUUGUUUUACCAGCUUAUGCUUAUUGGAAAUUUGAUGAUUUCAGUUGGGGUGAAACAAGAACUAUUGCAGGUGGUGACAAAGGUCAUGAUGAAAGUGAAGGUGAAUUUGAUCACUCAAAGAUUAAAAUGAGAAGAUGGAGAGAAUUUGAAAGAGAACGUCAAAAUGUUAUGUUUAACAACGGAUUAGAAGUUCCAAGAAAUACAUGGGAUCCUUCUCAACAUGAGAAGGAUGAUGGUGAUGUUUCUGUUGAGAUUUUGAAUUGA